AUAACAACACCAGGUUUAUAGAAAACUAUAAAAAUGUCUCUAACGGACAAGGAGUACUACAAUCUGACCAUGAGCAUUUCCAAGGCGCUUAGCAAUGUGGAAAUGCCCAUAAAGGUGAAGCACGUACGCGCUGCUAUCAUCGGGACAUUCCAUAGCAAUGGUGGGCACGCGUUUUGGGCCAUUGCUAUCCGGCAGCCGAUACAGGACAAUCGAAUUGUUGCUUGGAAGUUCUGUCAUCUAUUACACAAAAUACUACGCGAGGGCCAUCCGUUAUGUUGCCAACAUUCCAUGAGGCAUCGCGCUAUGCUGUUAGAGGCCGGUAAACUGUGGGGCCAUCUGGACGAUGGCUACGGCAAAUGUAUCAAACAUUACACGAAGUUGCUAGUAACGAAGCUUGAGUUUCACGAUCGUAAUCCUCGUGUUCCCGGAAGCUUAUCGUUGCGUCAGGGAGAUUUAGAAAAAAUUGGAGAGGGAGACAUAAACAUAUACUUUCAGUUGGCAGUAGAGUUAUUCGACUAUAUGGAUGAUAUUAUAGUGCUACAGGCAACAAUAUUCGAGUCCAUCACUACAUUCUGUGUGAGUUCGAUGACACCUGCAGGACAGUGUCGAUUGGCUCCGUUAAUUCCCUGCAUACAAGACUCUAAUCCGCUGUACGAUAUGCUCGUGCGUGUGAUGUUCAAGCUGCAUGCCAAUCUACCCUUGGAUCUGCUAACAGGUCACCGGCAGCGAUUUAACAUUUUGUUUAAACAGUUAAAAUCAUUCUACGGGCAGUCGCGUAACUUGCAAUAUUUCGUCAACUUGAUCACUGUUCCGAAACUGCCGGAGGUGCCGCCCAAUUUUGAGCUGCAAAGCGACCUUGGUAAUUAUCAAACACCGGUUGUAGUGAUGCCUGAAAGCGAUCCAACCGACAAUGAACCGGAACCUGCGGCGGUAGACAAUCUAAUUGUGACAGCCGAAUCAGCCCCACCGAUACCGGAACUACCACGCCACAUCAACCAUCACCAGUCUGGUGGCACACCGGUCGUUCCGGUGGCGCAAGUGUUGGAACUGGAACGAUUAAUUCAAGAGCGGGACGAGCUUAUACGUCAUCUACAGAUGGAGACGCAACGGUUGUCCAAUCAUUUGAAAGCGAUCUCUAUUGAACAACGGGAUAUACAGUGUCGAAUGGAAGACCAAAUAGCCACGUUGAAUGCCCAGCUGACACAGAGCCAGGGUGAAUUGACACAUCUGCGGUUUCAAAAAGAGGAGCUGGAAUUGCGUGCCCAAACUGCACCCACAAUGGAGCAACGAGCUCUGGCUGAAGAGGAACGAGCGAAGGCUAGUGAAGAGAAAUUCCAAAAGCUGAAAUCGAUGUACACUCAGAUAAGGGACGAACAUGUCAAUCUCUUACGUCAGAUGAGAAGCGAUCAAUAUAAGCUUAUUUGCUUUCAAAAGCAUGGUGAAAUCAGCAAGCAGCUCGCUUCAUCUACAAAGGCAGCAUCUGAGGCAAGUAAAGCUAAGGAAGAACUUCAAUGUCAGCUAGAAGAUCUCGAACAAAAGCAAGCGCUAGUACAGAAUGCACUUCAGCAAAGUUCGAGUGAUGCGCGUCAGGAGCAGGAGGCUAUCAGCGAGCAGUUGCAAUCCAUGACGCAUAAGUGUGAAAGCCUUCAGAGCCGCUAUGAUGAGGUAGAAGCGAACCGUCAAGCAGAGGUUGCUCAACUUCGUAUAAACCUGGAUCGGCUUGAAACUGAAUUGAAUUCCUUGCAACACGAUCGUGAAUUGCUUUCCUCCGAGAAGGGCUCUCUUGAGGACCGUUUGGUUGAAAUGCGAAGUGAAAAGGAAGACAUUUUUCAUAAGUAUGAAGAAUGCAUGAAAAAAAUUGCUGCACUGGAGCUUAAGACUGAUAGUUACGCGAAGGAGGAAGUAUCUUUGCAAAGAAGUGUAGAUGAAAAUAAUCAAACAAUUCUCGAUCUCUCCGCUAAAAUUGAACAAUUGCGUACGGAAAACUGUGCUCUUCAACAAAAAUGUACGGACCUAGAAGCAGUUAAUGUGUCACAAUCGGAUGAGUUCAAUAGAGCACAUGAAGCGGAACUGGUUCGUUUUGAUUCUAUGCAGACAGAAAUGAACGAAAAACUAUCCGUACUUGCUACGGAAAGGGAUAUAAUAACUGACGAGAAGCAGCAGACAUGGGAACAGUACCUAUUGCUCCAAACAGAAUCUUCUCAAAAGCAAUCGGACUUUGAUUCACUCGAGAAAGAUCUUAAAUCAGUACUUGAACAAAAAGAUCAUGAAUUGGAAGAGCUGACUAUUAAGCAUAAAGAGCUGGAAGAUAAAUAUCAGAGUCUAGAUGCAAAUAUGGAACGAUUGCUUUCCGAAAAGGAAUCGAUCGAAUCUGAUCUGCAAGAUUUACUUCACCAACAGGAGCAAACCGAACAUACACUACAGGCGGCUCUGCAGAAGGUAGCAUCAAAGGAAGCAGCACUCGUCGACUGCAAAAUCAGUGGAGAAACCGCACUCCGUACACUACUCGAAGCCUGCAUUAAGUCCUCCGAAAAACUUACGCUGCGUGCGAUCGGCGAAAAUGAAAUGCCCGGGGCCGGGGGCACACCAACCUACUUUUUGAUGAUUUCUGAAGAAUUGCAGGAGGUGUUAACUAAACUCAAGAUGGUUCAUGAGAAUUACUUGAAUGACAAUUCUACGAAUGUUGAAUCACUGGCUCGAAAGGUUAUUAUUGGAGCACAUUUACUUGCUUCGGCGCAUGUUCAAGGAAUGACUAUCUGCAACAGAUCAGCUAAUAUAGAAAGCGGUGAACGCAUUGCAGAUGAGUUAAAGAAACUUGGCCAGUCGAUCAAUACUCUUUUCCAAGCAUUGCAGAAAACAAGUGAAGCUAGUACGGUUAGUGAGCGUAUAUCUGAUCUUAAGAUCAAGCUAGAAGAGAUAACUAGCAUGAUCGUAGAUCUUGGCAAACAAACGGAUGGUACUGAAAAUCUUGGCGAUAUGGUUGAAUCAGAGCUGAGCAGCAUGGAUAAAGCGAUUGAAGAAGCCGCUUCUCGAAUUGAGGAAAUGCUUUCUAAAUCCCGUGCGUCUGAUUCGGGUAUUAAAUUAGAAGUAAAUGAAAAAAUUCUCGAUGCCUGUACGAGCUUGAUGCAAGCGAUUCGAAUUUUGGUCCAAAAAUCACGUUUACUGCAAUCAGAAAUAGUUUCUCUCGGCAAAGGCACAGCUUCGGCAAAGGAAUUCUACAAGCGUAAUCACCAAUGGACGGAGGGAUUGAUAUCCGCUGCGAAAAGUGUUGCGCAAGGGGCAAAUUUUCUAGUCACGGCGGCUAACAAAACGGUUGCAGGAGGCGCAAAACAUCAGCUGGAUUUAGUAGUAGCUGCACAGGAGAUCGCAGCUUGCACGGCACAGCUCGUGGUUGCAAGUCGCGUAAAGGCUCCACGUUCCAGUGCUAACCUAACAGCCCUUGGUACGGCGUCGAAAAACGUAACUCAAGCUACUGGGAUUGUUGUCGCUACGGCUAAGGAUAGCAGUCAGCGGCUCGAGGAUUCGCAGGAUCUCGAUCUCGGUACCCUAACAGUGCAUCAAGCGAAAACGAAGGAAAUGGAGAUACAGGUCAAAGUGUUGGAGCUCGAGCAAGCCCUGCAGGUAGAACGAAUGCGUUUGGCAUCGUUUCGUAAAAAGAACUAUCAACAACCCGUUGAAGAAUAGUAUGUUCUUGACAUUGCUAGAAUAUUUGGGUUCCUCUAAUAUACGCUUUUUAGAGUAGUACGGGUCUACAUUUACAUAUAUCAUUUAUUUACGCGAAGAUUUUUGUGCAAAGAUUCAUAUCAUUAUACCGUUAUGGUUAGUUAAAUUACUGAUCCACAGAUUCGCUCUCUAACUUGAGAUGCAUUUUAACCGGUUGUGUCUUAUUUGGCAAUCAGUAAAUUUUAAAGCUUCAUGUUAAUUAUCAAGUAACAAAUUGUUAGUAUCAAUGACCGUGCAAGGAGGAUACAACUUAAGCAAUUCAUCUGCAUGCAUUAUAAAAACGGGCAUACGCCAAAAUUGAAAAAUCAACGUAGGGCAUCAUGGUAGAUUCUUUGCCGCAUCGGUUGCAAGAGAACGUAUUAUAUUUAAUUCAUUAGGCUAAAAGAAACUGCAUUAAAGAAUUAACUCAAAGAGAUGUACGUUAUGUAUUUCAACAUUUUAAUAUUAUAAUUUCAAUAAACUUUGUCAA